AUGCAGCGGCGCUUCAUUGCCAUGCAGCGGCGUCUCACCCAUGAGGCCAUGAAGGCACUCAUUGCGAGCAAGCGCCAAGGGCGCCUGAGUCGCACGCACUUGAUUGAUGUAAGGGGGCAGGAUGAGGUGCAGGUCACCGGUCUCAUUCCACUUGCCAUAAACAUACCGCUUGAUCAGCUUGAGUGUGCGCUGAAAAACGACCAGGAAUCCUUUCUGAAUAAAUAUGAGGCCCCAAAGCCGCUACAUAGCGAAACGCUUGUCAUGUACUGCAAGAUGGGCAGCCGGGCAGAGCAGGCGGCGGCGAUCGCUACUCAGUGCGGUUAUCACAACACGGAAGUGUACUUGGGUGGCUGGGACGAAUGGUCCAAUCUUUCCACGAAAGGCAAGGGCGUAUAG